UCAACAUUGUCAUGGUGAAGUGACAAUUUGUUAUAUUUACGGAAAUAGCAUGCUGUCUAAGGCUGUCUUAGGCAACCAUGUCACCCAGGAACUACGAUAGCACACGCUAGUCAUGUCUUUCCGUGUCCAGCCAUGGAAGUGAGAACUCCCGUUAACACACAGGCAGAUGACGUUCCGCUUUUCAUUUCUUUUAAACCUUUGUCUUAUUUAUUCGACUGUACUUGUAUCACCUGUAUAAUCAUAUUAAGUUUACAUAAUUCAUACGUGUUCGUUGGCUAUAGACCACUGGCUGCCGUGUUGAGUAGUUUUGCUUGCGCUGAAAGGGUAAUAGUGGCAGUCUAGGCAGAGGGUCCUGCAUAGUAGCGUUAUCCCGGUCGGUUGGAACGCAAUUUCCGGCCUCUUACUUCCUAUAAGCCGUCUACGCCAGUUUACAGACAAGAACAUGUCAAGAAUAAAAACACGAGCGACACUGAGAAUUUAAAUGGAGUUUUGGCGAAGAAUUGGACAAAGCAAUAUCCGAAUCAGUUUGGGCGAGCAGUACUACAGAGAUGCCAUGGAGCAGUGUCACAACUACAACGCCAGGCUGUGUGCAGAGCGGAGUGUGCGCAUGCCCUUCCUAGACUCCCAGACCGGCGUCGCCCAGAGCAACUGCUACAUCUGGAUGGAGAAGAGACACCGCGGGCCAGGCGUGGCCCCGGGACAGCUGUACACCUACCCCUCCAGACGCUGGAGGAAGAAGAGGAGAGCCCACCCCCCUGAGGACCCAAGGCUCAUCUUCCCUCCUCUGAAGUCAGUAGAGCUGGAGCUGGGCCUGAAGAAGGAGGGUGUGCUGAGCUCUGACGGCAGCAGCCUGGAGGCGCUACUGAAGGCCGAAGCCCCCGACAAGAGAGGGGCCGCUGAGGCCAGGCCCAGCGAGGAGGAGCCCAGCCUCAGUGACUACACCCCCGCCCCCGUGCCCAGCGCCCGCUCUAAAAAGAGAACCCUAGAACCUGAUGACUACCUGGAUGACCUCGACGAUGAAGACUAUGAGGAGGAUACCCCCAAGAGAAGAGGCAAAGGCAAGGGAAAGGGUCGAGGGGCCAGCUCCAGUAGGAAGAAGCUGGACACGGCAGCGCUGGAGGACCAGGACAAGCCCUACGCCUGCGACAACUCUGUCAAACAAAAGCAUAUUUCAAAACCUUCUGAAAGAGUCUGUGGCAAGCGCUACAAGAACCGGCCUGGGCUGAGCUACCACUACGCCCACUCCCACCUGGCCCAGGAGGAGGGCGAGGACGCCGCCGCCGCAGAGGUCCACGAGCCCCCCGCACCCCCACCCCAAGAACCCAAGACUGCAAAGAAAGGUCCGGACGGCCGCGCGCUGCCCAACAACUACUGUGACUUCUGCCUGGGGGACUCCAAGACCAACCACAAGACGGGCCAGUCGGAGGAGCUGCAGUCCUGCUCCGACUGCGGGCGCUCAGGCCACCCCUCGUGUCUGCAGUUCACCCCGGUGAUGAUGGCGGCGGUGAAGACGUACCGCUGGCAGUGCAUCGAGUGCAAGUGCUGCAACAUAUGCGGCACCUCGGAGAACGACGACCAGCUGCUGUUCUGUGACGACUGCGACCGAGGCUACCACAUGUACUGCCUCACCCCCCCCAUGUCCGAGCCCCCCGAGGGAAGCUGGAGCUGCCACCUGUGUCUGGACCUGUUGAAAGACAAGGCGUCCAUCUACCAGACCCAGACGCUCCCCACGUCCUGAUGGCUCCCUGGCCCCCCCCCCCCCAGGACUCCACCGAAAAACACAGCGUCGCCGUGACACCGCGACACGUGCUCCACAGCGCCUCUUUGUACGUUCAGAAAUCCAUCCCUGCGCAAAGAGCGAGGUCAUGGUCUGUGGGCAGAAGGGGUGAGUGGAUGGUGGCCGUGAGCCAACAGGAACCCAGGCUCUGUUGUUCCUUGGGGCGGGACGGAGCCGUCGCGGUGGCUGCCACGCAACCACCCAUCCACCGUCACCACCAGUGUCUCUCCACGGUGGAUGGACCCGCUGACGGCCGCGGGUGGGGGGGGGGGGGGCUGUAGUUCAACCUUAGACAUGGUGAAAAGGGAAGUGUAUCCGAUACCAAACCAGCCUCCAUUAGCUGUGUAUAUGGCUGUUACACAGUCACUCUGUCUCAACUCUAGAGCUCUGCCUUCAGCUUGUUUGCCAUACCGCCAACUGUACCCGAGUCAAGUUCCAUGUUACACAGCAUAAAUAGCCAAAUUAACUUGUUAAUUUACCUUUUUUUGUUUUUUAAUAGCUGUUCAUAGCUUACUGCACUUAGCGAAUAGCAAACACUAUUGCCUCCUUUACUCUGCUAUCUGUUGGUUUUUGCAACGAAAUCAGAAAACAUAGCUCGGUUGACAUAAGUACAGUAGCAUGCCAGGUUUUACUAAUCAUACAGUAAAGUGAUUUUGUAAACUAUAUUUAUAUGUAUUUGUAUUUCAAAUAGUGGUGAAACAUGCAUAGAAGUUGGAUGGACAUGUGUUUCCGUCUGAUUGGUCAAUGCCCAUCAGAAGAUACUGACAAUGAGAGAGAAAGAAACUCGACAGGAGUUCUUCAACGUCCAACAAGUGAAUUAUGUUCAGUUAUUUGAAGCAAUAUUACUCCCAUUUUGCAUAUUUGGCUUAGUAUCCAUGUGCCCACCAUCAAAUACAAGCACAAAGGGACUACAUUUCAAGACCCUCACAGCUUUGUUUUGCUGCCGGUGCCAGCUUGUUUGUUUAAGUAGUUGGAAAGUGAAAUGAUCUACAGGUUCAGGGUCAUGACAUUGAGGACUUGUUUGUAAGUCCCUCCCAAAAUGUAUUUCCUGAUGGGUCGGGCUUCUUGGAAAUAUCUCUAAAGACUGAAAAGCUUAAUUGAUUGUAUUGACUGUGUUGGAGACCUUAAUUGGCUUGUGCUGAGCGAUGAUAACACAGAAAGAGGCACCAUGGCUGAGCCAAUCAGAGACGGGAAAAGUGACAUCAACAACCAAUAGAAAAAAACCUUUUUCUAUUUUGGUUCUCAUGGCUGUGUUAUAGCAGCACUGUGUUCGAGCUGAUGCCUAUCGUGAACCCAGGCUAGCUUUCAUGUGUUUUCCUAGGAUACCUUUUUACCUGAGUCACUGUUUGACAGGGUGCUCACCCUAGAAGGGAAGAGGUUAGAGAUUAGAGGUCAGGUUCUGCAGUCCUGGGAGAUGGACUUGCCUGGUAAAUGCUGUACUAUGUGUCUAUUGGAUGGAUUAAGAAUGGAUUUUUCGAGAGGGUUAUAUUUCAACCUGUAAUGAUGAUGCAAAUCUGCACCUUUAUUGUCCCUGCUUUCAUCAUUUACCUUUUUAUAUAUAUUGUCGUUAUUAUGCAAUGAUCUCUGGCCUGCCUCACAUAACAGUAUUUCAAAAGGGUCGACUCGGAGGAAACUUAGUAACUAAUUACUAAGCAUGACAUGGGUGUAUCUGCUUUUAAUACCCAUGCCUGAAAGAUAUCUGCCCUCUCAGAUGCUAAGUAGUUAGCUUUGCAAAGGUGUGUGGGGGGAGUUGUGUAAUAUAAGUUAGCCAUGCUAUCAUACAUACCAGUAGCCAACUAACAAGUACUAUUGCAUUUGCAUAUGCAUUACAAUGGGUCUAUUUCAUCACAUUUUGGUGUUGUUUUUUUUACUCGCAGUUAAAUAAACUCAGCGCCUAACGGGUUGUUUUUAAAAUAGUUUGUUCUUUGUAUUCACAGAGUAGUUUAGUUCAAACGUUUGUUGGAGAUUGACGAGGGCACCUUAGCUCUGCCGAUGAGUGUGGAAUGUUAAGCCCGGAUUUGUGAAUUUGGGGGGAAAACUCUCUUCAAAACCUAUAAACCAGAGCCAGGAGAAUAUAUUUAUUGCUGUUAGAUUAGACGUACAUGAUGUUAUCGAUACCGGGCAUAAUCUGUUCCCUGAUGUGUGAAUUAAGAUGUUACUUAAUACUGGUCGUCGAGUGUUUAGCUUUUGGAGAGAGUUUUUUUUUCCUGAGAACAAAUGUUGAUUGUCACCAUGAUUGUUGUUCAGUUUUAGUGAUCAUGAUAUUUGCAUGAUUGUGGUCAUUCGUCAAUGUUUUUUUUUUUCAUUUUAAUUGGGAUUUCAAAGUUGUAUAAAGAGUAAAUAAUAAAUAAUGAAAUAUCAGGCA